CUCAUUGAUAUCAUCCCAAUCAAACUGAGACCAUGUGCUUUACCUGACACACUGAAACACAUCAGUUAUUUAGAUGUCUCACACUUGGAUAAGAAUCAGGCUACAGAACGUAUUCUUCAAGCAGUAACUAAGGAUACCCGUGAUGAACCCGUGCUACCACCUCAGGUUCAACGCAAUAUGGUCACUAAUGGGUCAUACUUCAACAUCAAAAGCAAACGAUCGAUACCUGGUUGUUCCAGUUUCUUGGAUACUACUGUUGAGGACAUGAAAAUAGGUUCGGAUGUAAGAGCUAUUCCUUUUAAUGAUGAUGAGAUAGCUGACACCAUUGAUAAGAUCAAUAAUUCAUUAUUGAUGAGAUACAACUGUGUUUUACAUUGUAACUCAAGUUGUUUACCUGAUAAAUUCACAUCACCCUGUGUAGCUAUUUUCACAAGUUUGGUGAUUUUUUUUUGCGGCGGCUUAUUUCUACUUCUCGCUGUUACUUAUCAACAAAUCGAUCAGUUUGCUGAUGAACUUGGGCGCUGUAUCUCUGUCCUGUUGUCGGAUUUGAUUGUUCUUAUGCUAAUCAUUCUUACAAUAGGAUUACCACUUGGCAACACCUUACUGAAAAUCCAUUUUAGAAACAAACUAACAAAUCUUUCAGUCAAAUGUGUCAACAGAAAUGUCAUAUUCACGGUGACAUAUAAGGACAAAAUUCCUAUCCUGGCAGUUAUGAAGUAUGAUAAUACACUGUGUUUAGAGCACAUUGUAAAUGAAAAACUUGUGCACGACCCAGAAUUAGAUACGGAGACAUACAAACUACAAGUUAUGAAAAAACACCUCUGUAACUAUGCUCUAUCUAUACAGAGUGGAACACAAAAAGCAACUGUUGUACGUCAUGUUGUUGUUUAUGAACAAAUGUGUUUCUGCCAAUAUGUUCAACAAUAUGAAUCAAGAUAAUGCAUGUAUUAACAUAUUCAAUACAAUACUUUAAGAGCUAGCAUCCUAUACGAAAAGAAAGGACAAUCUCCAAGAGAUACGGUAAUGGACAAGAAACGGAGAUAAAUUAAUGUCGGACAAGCAUUGAGUUUACUUUUGGAAGUUAUACACUAAAAUGACCCGAACUGUCUUUUUACUUUUAUACACUAAUGUAAGACAGUACCC